AUGCUAACAACAAUGGCGGAAUCUCCGGUGAAAGUGAAUCUGAUCCCGAUCGAAGCUACUUCUGAGAGCUUCGCUGAUUAUGGACAAGUCAUCGAAGCUUCUCGUGAUGGUGAUCAUUUCGGUCCCGACGACGCUCAAUUGGAUCUCUCCAGAGGAACCCCACGUUUCUAUAUAAUGCGGCUCAAAGAUCGAUCCUUUGGCUUCUCCAACAUCACUCAUCACGCGAACGUGACACAGUGUCUGGGAUCAAUAGGAGGUCACGUCUGGUAUCUUGGAGUCGCUAAGCCGUCUCUUAUCGAAGACGACGGAGGAAGAAGAGCCGGUAACGUAGCAUCAGGUUCUGAUGGUCACUUGUACGCUCCUCCUUCGGUUGAAGAGGUGCGCGUGUUCAAGGUCUCUGGACCCAAGUUUGUGAAACUGAACCGUGGUACAUGGCAUGCUGGACCGCUGUUCAGAGACAGCUCCAUGGACUUUUACAACUUAGAGCUCAGCAACACAAAUGAGGUGGAUCACACGACACAUGAUUUCGUGAAGAAUGAUGGAGUCAUCUUCCGGUUUGAACCCAAAGAGGACAACACAUCGUUCUAG